AGAUGUUAUCGAUGAUAAUGCCACCACAGUGCACAACAGUUUGCGAAAAGUUCGUGUAAAAAUUGCUAUUGAUUGACAAAUUGUGUAGUGUUAAGCAAGCUCAAAUUCGAAUUGAACAACUGUGCUGCCUGUGCCGAGUCAUGCGUUAAUGUGCACACUCAAUUAGCUGGCUGUAGGGGCUGUGUAGUGCUUGCAAAACCGUUGCCAAACCUGCUGCAUUUCGGGUGUUUCGUUUCGUUUUUGUCUCUUAUUGGCCCUUUUUUUUUCUCCACCUACGCUGCGCUACAAAUAAACGGGCAAGGGGGGUGCAGCGUAGCACAGCUGAGAGCAGCCAGCCAGCCAGCCAGUCAUCUAGUCAGUAAGUGUGUGGAGAUAGAUAAUAAACAAACAGAUUGGCAUUGUCGCAGUUGCCGUUCACAAGGUGGAACGGGCGUGGGUAGCUUUAUAGAGCUUUUAAAAAGACGAGUAAGAGGAUUGCCAGCAACAAGUAGGCGGCUAUGGAAGAGGUAACGCUGACGGAGCCCGAGACACGAUUCUAUAGCGAGCUGUUUCAAUGCUGCGACGUGGAAAAUGCCGGCAAGGUGCCGAUGCUAAAAGCAACGGAACUCUUUCGCUCAGCGGACAUUGCCAAUGAGACGGUGAUUGAGAUCACCGCUUUGGCUGGUAUACCGGCGACAGCUUUGCAUAUCUCACGCGCCCAGUUCUAUUCAUGCCUAAAGCUAAUUGCGGCACAUCAGGAAGCGGUUCCGUUGCGUCAGGAGCUGAUAGCAGCCACUGUGCCAUUGCCGUUGCCGCAUUUCGGCUGGAAGGAGGCAGCCACAGCGCCGCCAGCGAGCACAACAAACGAGAAUGGGCUGGGUGCACUGCCCCCACCGCCGCCCACCGAUCGUCGCAACUCGCUGCGUCGCAAUUCCCAGCAGCAGCAACAGCAACAACAACAGCAACUACAGCAGCUAGAUCAGUUACAAGACGCCUCUGAUGUGCCCAGCACCGAUUCCGAGGUUGAGCAGAACGAAUCCAGCUGUGGCGAUAAUUUUGAUGAGUUGGCUGGUGCUGAUGUUGCUGUUGUCAGCAGCAGCAGCAGUCGCGAAACUCGUCGACGUGGCGCUGGUGGCUCACCGGAAGCGUGGAGCACAAACAGCGAUAGUCCCACGCCCACCAACAGUGUGGCGGAGCGUCCCUGGGCACAGGAUACACUGUGGCAGGGCCUGCUCGGUGAUGAGCAUCGCCAACUAUUGGGCACCGAGGAGGAGUCGUCGGAUCGUCACAGUAGCGACGAUGACGACAACGAAAGCGAACUGACCACGCUCUAUCAAAUCACUCCCGAGCAGCGUGAAUACUACAACAAACAGUUCCGAACGGUGCAACGUGAUCCACAUGGUCUGCUGUCCGGGCAGGCAGCACGCAUCUUCUUUGAGAAGAGCCGCAUUCCUGUCGAGGAGCUGCGCCACAUUUGGCAGCUGUGCGACGUGACACGCGACGGUGCACUGAGUCUAUCCGAAUUCACAGCUGCCAUGCAUCUGGUUGUGCUGCGUCGCAAUAACAUACCAUUGCCGAGCAGUCUGCCCCAUUGUCUGCAUCCGAAUGUGUUGGCUAAAACAUUGUCGACGUCGUCGUCAUCAACGGCGCACAUACCUCAAGAGCCGCCCGAGGCUGAUCUCCUGCAUUUGAAUGACGACGACGAGGAUGAGCAUACUGACAAUACAAUCAUUAGUAGCUCGCAGGCGAAGCCACGUCCGUUGCCCAAUGAUAAGAACAUUAUGAAUCUGAGCAGCAUCUCAACAUCAUCGCAGGCCAGCACAAGCAGCUCGAGGCGUGAGGUGACAACAACAACAGCAUCAGCGACAACGCCGCCAGUUCUUAAGAAUCGCAGCAUUUCCAAUUCGCCAAAUGUGGAAAAAGCAAAUCAAUCAGCGUCAGCAGUAUCUGCAACAACAACAACAGCAGCAACAGCGAGUACAUCAGUGGCAGCAGCAGCUGCCGCCCUCACCACCAACGAUGCCGCCAGUCAAUGGACCAAGUUUAGCGAAUCUCCUACAACGACAUCAACAGCAAGUGGUGCUGGGACAGUUGCAGCUGCUGUUGCUGCCACUGCUGCAUCCGGUGCAACUGCCACUGCUGCGCCAGCCGUUUCUAGUCCAGGUCUUAAGCCAGCGCUCUUCGAUAUGAAACGCACUGCCCAGGAUGUGGGCUCAAAUCCUCAAAUUUUGCAUCCCGUGCCAUUGCGUGUAACGCCCAUUGGCACAGCCAUUGCCACAGCCGGCGAUCAAUCGAGUCAACAGGCGAGCAGCACAAGUGCCAACGACAUGGACGGUGUUGUUGUGUUGCGCGAGGAUAGCCCCAAUGCAAUGGCAAUGGCAAUGGCAAUGGCAACGUCAACAACAGCCACAGCAACAUCGACGCAUAAUAAUCAAAGUGGAACGCAUCGGGAUCGUGAUUCCAUAUCGAUUCAAAGCAGCGAUCUCCGUGCCAUACAACGUCCGCAGGCGAAGAAGCUGCCAGCUAAGAACAUUGGUGCUCUGCCACCGCCGCCGCAACGUGAGCCCAGCAUUGGGUCCGUCGGUGUCAGUGAGCCACCCGAUCAGGCGGUGCCAUUACCAGUUGUCUAUGCAACGACCACACUUUCUGCCAAGAAGGAGCCACCGCCCUUGCCGCCGCCACGACCCCAUCGACAUGCGCGCAGCAGCAGUUUGGAUUUGAACAAAUUCAAAAUUGGCACAGCGGGUUCCCAACAGCCGGAGAUAACCGCGCAAGCCAGCUUCGAUAUGCAAACCUCAGCGGGUUUUGCCGAUUUCACGCACUUUGCCGACGAUGCGAAUGUUCUGGAUGGUGGCAGUGGCAGUAGCAGCAGCAGCAAUGCCAAUGCCCAUAUCAAUGCAGCUUCCGAGCAGCAACAGCAUUCACUGCCGCCAGUGCCACCGCCGCCAGCUUUUGUGCCGCCUACGCGCAUCACGCUGCAGACGCAACAGCGCAUCUCUGCUUUUGAGGUCUAUCGGAAGCCGCAGACGCCGGCACCAGCAUCAGGUGCAACAUCCACAUCCACAACAUCAACAGCUGCAUCGCAGCUGCCCAAUGCGGAGACGUUUGAGAAACGUGUGACGGCCAUCAGUGACUCGUUGCGUCAUGUGUCGUUCAAGCAUAAUCAAACUAGCACCACGGAGCUACUGCAGCGGCUGCGUGAGCAAAACAAUUCGCUGCUGCAUCUGUGCAAUGAUCUCAGCGACGAGCUGCUCAGCGUGCAGACCUGCAAGGAGGAGAUGCGUUUCAAAUUGGAGAGUUUGGCGUCUGCUGCCGAUGGUGGUGGUGCGACUGCACACGCACCAACCCGUACCGGCUCCUCAAUAUCAGCGCCGGUGACGGCUAAUGUGACUGGCGGCUCAUCCGGCUCAGCCGGUGGCCAUACAAAUGUUUAAGCAGCGUUUUCCGUUGUUUGUUCCAUGCACCGCAUAUAUAUGUACACAUAAACAGACAGCACACCCCAAACACACACACACACACCCACAUACAUUUAUUUAGAAGAGCAGGCAUUGCGCGUCCGCUUAUGCGAAUUUUGGUUUUAGCACGCUGCUUAAUUUUUGCUAAUUUAAUUAUAGGCUAGUUAAAUCUAAAUUUCAAAAGUGAAUGUAAGAAACAGAUGAAGAAAAUUGUCAAGCAAGUAACAAUAACAUAACGAAUAACAAUAAUGCCGCCUCUAUAAUGAUACAUACAUAUAUACAUACAUAUUUAUGCAGAUCAAUUUAUGUAUACUUCUCUUUAGAGCACACUGAGCUAAUUGAACUAAUUGUUAAAACGUAAAUGUGUAAAUGUAAUUGUAUAAGAGAAUCAUCGUUCGCUUUAAAAUGAAACACUGCUCCUGCUCCCUAGACAUAUUGACAGAUAUGUGGCCACAAAGUGGCGCUAAUUGUAUUUCGAAACCAGCAACACAUUAGGCGUUCUUUUUUUUUUGGCUGAUAGAAAACAAAAUCAAACUAAAUAUAUAAACCACAUUUCAAUCACUGAAAUAAAACAUUUAUUUUGCUCAACGGCAUUAAAUCGCAAUUUAUUAACUAUUAAUUUUGUAAAACUUGAAAGUUGAUUCCAUUAGAAAAAAACUAUCUCUCGACCUUCUCAUUCAUUCCGGCAAUGAAAUAAACAAAAUUAUUAUGUUAAUGUGCUAAAAAAAUCGUAACUUUCGUAAGCCAGGCUAUAAUGUUUAAGCAUACGAAACAUUAAAACAGAUUACCACAAAAAAUGAAUAUAAUACACAUGCACCAAUUUCAUUUCCUUCAAAGCUUAGCUUAGGUUAAGUUAUUUUUUCGGAACUAUUUUGUAUGUAUGCACGAAUUGAUAUUAUGUACAUUUAUCAAGUUUGUUUAACCAUUUGUAUAAACAUAUAAGACAAAAGAAUAACGAAGAGAAAGAAAAAAACAAAACAAAAUUAUUUAAUUUACCGGACCACAAGUAUGCUAACGUCGAAUUUACAAGAUGAUAUACCAACAGAAAUACCGAGUAUAUCAUCCAUAUGAGUGCGUGCGAAUUUUCUUUUGCAUACUAUUAAAUAUAUAUG